CCAUGCUAGCAGCUUGUGGGACAGUAGGCACCACAAUUAUUUUAGAUAAAAGUUUAAUGUUAAGUAUAAUGUUAUGCUAAACUAAACAAUGUGUUAUUUAAAGAGUAACAUGGUUUGCUGGUUAGCUAACAAGUUUGGUAUGUUAGCAUGCUAACAUUUGCUAAUUAGCACUGAACGCAAAGCACUGCCGAGGCUGAUGUGAAUGGCAUUGGCUUUGUAAGUAUUGGAUUCAUUAAAAUUCAUCGUCUGAGAACCAUGAAUGUCUGUAAAAUUUCAUGGCAAUCCAUCCAAUAGUUGGUAAGAUUUUUCAGUCUUAAUCUAACUAAAAUGGUGGCCCAACCUCUAGCAUGGCUAAAUAUUAUAUAAUGUGACGAUGUAACUAGGUUUGUUUGUGUUCUUUUGUUAACCAAGGUGUGUGUUGAGUGCUGAGUAGGUGUAGGGUGUUCAUUGUCUGACACUUUAAUCAUCAUAGUUUUUGCCUCACAAAUUCAGCUGUUUGUUUGAUUAAAGCAGAUGAAGUCAGGCCAUUAAAAGUCUUCUGUCAAAGCUUUGGCGAAAACAGUGUAAACUGUGAUGAAUAAUUCAAAGACAACUAUCAUUUUACUUGAGAUAAGCUUGCUAGGUUGCCAUGGUAGUAAUGCAUGUAUUAUUUACUGGCAGUGUGAGUCUGAUUAUAAGGCAGCUUACAGGCUCUCAGUUGUUUUUAGAUCUGUUCAAACUGUGAGGAUUAAACGUGGUAGUAAUCCAUGGACAAAUAAUGUGUCUGAGCUGCAUGUCUACCUCCGAAUGAGACGCAAGGAGCUACACUGCAGUGUUGUGGACCAUGUAAUGUGGCAGAGGGUUUGCAAUGGAGGGGACAAUGCUGACGGCAGGACAGGAGAAGCCACAGAAGCGGGUGAGGUUCCGCGUGGCUUCCGGGAACAGCGGACGGGUGCUGAAGGAGAUGUUCAAGGAUGAGGGGCCUUCAGACUCCCUGGAUUCAGACUGCACCAGCAGCUCUGACGCCGAACGGGCCAGCACCCCCUCUACAAGGGCCACCAAGGACUGGAUGUUCACCACCAAGAGGGUCAACAUACUCAGUAAAAAUGGGACCGUGAGAGGGGUCAAGCACAAAGUCAGUGCAGGUCAGACGCUGUUUGAAAACCUUCCCAACUCCAACAGUAUGGAGUUAUCUCUUGAAUUUGGGCGGAUAGUGAUCUACACUACGAGUUUCCGUGUGGUGAGGACAACCUUUGAGCGCUGUGAGCUGGUCCGGAAGAUCUUCCAGAACCACAGGGUGAAGUUUGUGGAGAAGAACAUCGCGCUGGACUGCGAGUACGGGAAGGAGUUGGAGGAGCGGUGCAAACGUGUGGGAGAACCUCCUUCAUUACCAGUUGUGUUUGUCGCAGGACACUACCUUGGGGGUGCUGAGAAAAUACUAGGAAUGAAUGAGUCAGGAGAGCUUCAAGAUCUUCUCACAAAAAUUGAGAGGGUACAGCUGCCCCAGACGUGCCAGACCUGUGGGGGCUUUGCCUUCGUCCCGUGCCCAAUGUGCCAUGGCAGCAAGAUGUCUGUGUUUCGCAACUGCUUCACAGAUUCCUUCAAAGCCCUCAAGUGCACUUCCUGCAACGAGAACGGCCUGCAGCCCUGUGUGAGCUGCAGACAGUGAGGAUGUUAAGUGCCUGACCCAACAUCCUUGCUUCCUUCUCUGGGACCUCACACAGGACCUUAACAGUGAACUGCAACACAGGCAGUGACAUGAAACACAGCAGGA